CAGAGCAUCCUGCGCGAGGACCUCGGGUCUCCCUGUUUGAGUCGCUGCUGGACUUUUAAACCCACCAUGCCGUGUUAUGUCAGGCUGCUGUUUUUACUUCUGUGCCUGAUGCUGGUCGGAGAGAGUCGGAAACACAGAAGUAGGAAAAAGCGGUGGUCCGCAUCGGCGGAGACUCACAAACCCGGAAAGGCUGAAACAGCGGAUGCUGCAGUUCUUGUUGGGAAGACGGGUUUCGAAAUCCGGACGGUGGACGGUCCUCUGUCCAAAAAGGUUGUUGAUGGUACAAAAAGCCGGAAAAUGAAGACCACCCACCUCCUGCAGAUUGAUGAGCAUGACUUCACCAUGAGGCCUGCGUUUGGAGGUCCUGCUGUCCCUGUUGGUGUGGACGUUCAGGUGGAAAGUUUGGACAGCAUAUCAGAGGUGGACAUGGACUUCACCAUGACCCUAUAUCUGAGGCACUACUGGAAGGAUGAGAGGUUGGCCUUCCCGAGCGCCACUAACAAGAGCAUGACCUUCGAUGGGCGCCUGGUGAAGAAGAUAUGGGUGCCAGAUGUGUUCUUUGUCCAUUCUAAGAGGUCAUUCAUCCACGACACCACCACUGACAACAUCAUGCUGAGGGUCUUCCCAGAUGGCCAUGUUCUGUACAGCAUGAGGGUUACAGUUACUGCUGCAUGCAACAUGGAUUUCAGUCGUUUUCCUCUGGACUCACAGACGUGCACCCUGGAGCUGGAGAGCUACGCUUACACCGAUGAGGACUUGAUGCUGUACUGGAAAAGUGGAGACGAGUCCCUGAGCACAGACGACAGGAUUUCUCUCUCUCAGUUCCUCAUUCAGAAGUUUCACACCACCUCCAGACUGGCUUUCUACAGCAGCACAGGCUGGUACAAUCGUCUGUACAUCAACUUCACUCUGCGUCGUCACAUCUUCUUUUUCCUGCUGCAGACCUACUUUCCCGCCACUCUGAUGGUCAUGCUGUCCUGGGUGUCCUUCUGGAUCGACCGCAGGGCCGUCCCUGCCAGGGUCUCCUUAGGGAUAACGACGGUGCUCACAAUGUCCACCAUCAUCACCGGAGUCAACGCCUCCAUGCCCAGAGUCUCCUACAUCAAGGCUGUGGACAUCUACCUCUGGGUCAGCUUUGUCUUCGUCUUCCUCUCUGUGCUUGAAUACGCUGCCGUCAACUACCUGACCACGGUGAGGGAUGGGAAAGACCGCAAGCUUAGAGAAAAAGUGAGGGAACAGUCCCAAAGCCUCCCCUGCAGCUGUGGACUGCCUCACACUAAGACCAUGAUGAUGGACGGGACGUACAGCGAGGCGGACGCUAACAGCCUGGCAGGGUAUACCAGAGCCUCCAUGGCAGCUGAGGAUGCAUCAGACAAACAGGAGCGGAUGGUGGUGCAUCUCACAUUGGACAAUGAGUCUGCAGGAACCAAGAAGAAAGGCAUUCGGGGCUUUCGGAUCAUCCAGAACACCCACACCAUUGAUACUUACUCUCGCAUGAUUUUUCCAGGCGCCUACAUCCUGUUCAACCUAAUCUACUGGUGUGUGUAUUGCUGAGUGGAUGCAGGUUUGCCUUAAUUCCUGGAGUCUGCAUGCUCAUGGAGCGGGAGGCUUCUCUCCAGCGGAGCUUCAUACAUCACCGUUGGACUGAGAUUAGAGAGCUACAGAUGUUCCCCAACCACACUUCAACCGCCUCUGGAGGCUGCUUGACUCUUUCUACAGCUUUCUGCAUCACUUUUGGGAAUCUGCUGCCAUCAGCAGCAGUGACUGCCUGACCUUACAUCCACACCUGGUUCCACACUUUCUACUGGAUGACAAGCUCUGAGCAGUUUACAGACUUCAUGCUAUCACAGGCAUCAGGAGAUCAUUUGUUGUGUCAUUGAAGAGAAAGCAAAAGUGUAAUUUACAAUGGUAGAAUUUAGUUAAUCCGGUUCCAGCUCAUGUUAUUAUUCAAACCGGUCCUUUAUUCUGGUUUAUUGGGCUACUGAACUGGAAUAAGACAUGCUUGAAAUAAAAUGUAUUUCAGCUGCAUUCGUCCAUU